AUGAAGGCAACUCAAUUCCUCUUCCUAGCGUUUGCUGCUUUCGGCAUGACUGAACAAGUCGUAGCUAAAACCAUGAUGGAGGGAAUUCACAUUCCCGAGUUUCGAAUGAUGGGAGAACAUCAACUGAAGCGACAUGGGCAAGGCAUCAGGUCGGUAUCUUUCUUCGGCAUGCCCAUCAAGGUCUACGUGGCGGGCUUCUACAGUUUGUCGAGGCUGGAAAAUGCCCAAGAUGUUUUGGAGUCUUUGGAGCGCAACGACAAUCCCAUGCAGUUGGACUUUACAUUCUUGAGAGGGGUCAGUGGCAAGCAAUGCACACAGGCGUGGCAACAGCAACUUGAGCACAGCGUGUCCCACCACUAUGAAGGCUACGAGAACGAUCGAGAUGAUUUUAUUCAAAAACUUUCCAACCCGAUUUCUUAUGGUGGAACCAUUAGCAUCAAGAUGGUUGGUGAUGAUACUGUCAUCGUCGAUCAAGGAAAGGAGCGAGGAGUGAUUCCAGGUCGCAACUUUCAGCGUGCAUUUUUGAGUAUGUGGUUUGGAGAACAACCCGUGACGGAGGACAUCAAGGCUGGGUUUCUGGAAGGGGCAGUUCAUCGAAAACUGUCCCCAGUUGCGGCGUAA